CCCGGUCCUCCCUCCGUUAUGAGCUGCACCAUCGAGAAAAUCCUGACGGAUGCGAAGACGCUGCUGGAGCGGCUGCGAGAGCACGACGCCGCCGCCGAGUCCCUGGUGGAUCAGUCAACUGCCCUGCACCGGCGGGUAGCUGCGAUGAGGGAGGCGGGCGCCGUCCUGCCCGACCAGGUCAGGCGGGGCCGUUAUCAAGAGGAUGCCGCGGACCUGAAGGACGUGUCCAAAUACAAACCGCACAUCCUGCUGUCUCAAGAGAACACGCAGAUUAGAGAUUUGCAGCAGGAGAACCGAGAGUUAUGGAUUUCCUUGGAGGAACACCAGGAUGCUUUGGAACUCAUCAUGAGCAAGUACAGGAAACAAAUGCUACAAUUAAUGAUUGCUAAAAAAGCAGAGGAUGCCGAACCAGUCUUGAAAGCUCACCAAUCUCACUCUUUAGAAAUUGAAAGUCAGAUUGAUAGAAUCUGUGAAAUGGGAGAAGUGAUGAGGAAAGCUGUUCAGGUGGAUGACGACCAGUUUUGUAAGAUUCGGGAAAAACUAGCCCAACUAGAGCUUGAAAACAAGGAGCUUCGGGAACUGUUGUCCAUCAGUAGUGAGUCUCUCCAGGUGAGGAAGGAAGACUCAAUGGAGAGUGCUUCCCAAGUCACCAAAUAAUGCUCACCUUUUGAACAACUGCUGGAGAGCACCCUGCAGGGAAGGGAAUUGGUAGUUAUUUGCUCUUUUGUGUUGUCUGUUCAGUGUCAUCUUCCUGCCUCAGGUUUGUUUGGGGCCAGAAGUACCAGGUGGCAGCUUGUUUGCUAGUCAAGAUCAGCUUCUUGCAAAUACCAUUCUCCUGAUGAGUCAGUGAGGGUAUAUACCUGACUUUCAUUGAACUGUCUACUCUUUUUCCAGGAGAUGACUUCUGCUUAAUUUUUUAUUUUGGGGACCUCAGUUUAUUCAAACUAUGUUUCCAUCUUGUUUUGUUUUUUUUUCAUAACUCCAACAAGUAGAACAUUUCACUGUGAGCCAUCUACUUAUUUUGUUUAAUAGUGAAAUGGAAUUCCAAACAAGGAACCCAGAGCUAUUUGUUUUGGAACUAGAUUUUGGCGAUUUUGCCAGAAUAAUACAUUUAUAUAGAGUAAAACUAGCAGUUUAUCUAUUUGUAGUAUCAUUCAAUUUCUCUAAUGUUUUCAAACUCUUUGGUGCUAGGAAUUGGGGCUUUGUGACCUAGUGUCCUCACUCUUAUUUUGAGAGCAUUCAUUUUAGCCAGUCUCAAGAAAAUAUACUUGAAAAUUAUAGUCUAAGAUGUCAGAGAUAGUAAAAUUGUAAUAUGACUAAAACCAUGUCUUUUUUUAAUCUUGUUUUUCACAUUGUAUUUCAUUCAAAGGCUUAAAGUAUUUUUUCCCUAGCAACUGAAUAUUUUUCAACUUUGUCUGCCCCAAAUUUUUGUCUUGUUGGAAGUCAGCCAGCCAGUUUUAAGGUACCUCAACCUCCUUUCCUUCAAUUUUUAAUUGCUUCCUUGUCUCUUAUAAAUUGAAUACAGGUGUGGUGCUUAAGUUCCCACCUCUUCCUUGAAUUGCAGGGGUUUGUUUCUUCAUAUUUCAGCACUGUCUAUUUCACCUUGAUAUUUUCCCCAAAAAGUUCAGUGGAGAAAAAAUUACAAAGCAAAAUUCCCAAUUGGGGAGAUUGAUGAUUUCCACUUCAGUUCCAAACACUUAUCCAGCCCAUGAAGAACACACCUUAUUAGCACAAUGUUUAGCUUGAUAGCAUUUCUUGAAGGUCUCCUGUUGGUUUCUAAGUUUGAAUAUCAUUUGAUAUUGUUGCUUAAACUCUUUGGUUUUAAAAACAAAUUCUUCUACCACAUAUGUUAGUUUCAUGGUAACAUAUUUCUUGUAAAUAUCCUGUAGCUGCCACCUUCCUUAUCACAUUCCCCCUGCCCCAUCCAAGAUUACUCUUGGGAUUUCAAGCUUACCUUUAGGAAGCAAUAUUCAAACAGUAUUGAGGUUCAGGACAAGAAGUCCAUGCUUCCUAAAUAUUCAACAUAGUUUUGCAGCAAGGAGGCACAUACAUUGUCUAAGAGAGCUUAUUGUGAAGAGGUUGGGGAUGUUUCUUUUGCACAGUCACAAAGAAUUUUAUUGCUGUUUUCACAGCAUUUUACCUUCAGCUCCAAGAUCAAACUAUCUCCCAGAAGUCAUAUAUUUCUGAUGCCAGUUGGUUUUUCCAGUGGAUGGUGUUUAGAGGGACAGACUUAUGAUUUGAGAACUGGCCAUUCAGUGUUUGAAUACAAUUUUUUAAAAAGCACUCCUGUCCCUUUGUGCUAAAUAUAUAUCUUCUCCCCCAAAAGCAAAUGAAUUAUUACCCCAACUUUUAUGCCUUAAAGUUAUGCCAUCAGUGCCACUUGGAGUCAUACCAAUAGGUACCCCUUGUCUUUCUUUUAACUGAUUGUAGUCAUUUUAAUGGAGUUGUUCAUUGGCACAAAAUCAAGUGACUGGUUAAGGUACAUAAUAUGGUGUUUAUUACACUGGGAUUCUCUAUCAUCUGCCUUCUACUGCUGGAGCCAUUUGAAACAUCUCUUUACAUCUCAGGUUAAAUAAAUAUGUACAGUGAGUGGUUUAUCCUCCCUCCCAUUUACAAAAUAAAAUGAAAUAAAGGUUUGAAAUGUGUUUCUGAUUGAAAGUAAUUUACAGUGCUUUCAGUACUGUUUCUUAAACAUGAAAAAUAUUAAUAUGCAAGUUGGUUUUAAUGUCAUGUGAAAAGGGGCAAUUAUGAAGCCAGUUGAAAGUAGAAGUGAUGGUACCAUUUGGCAACCUCCUCAUGGCAAAUUGAUGUUCAAAUGGAAAAAAUAAGAAGUAUAUCUUUGCAAAUAAAACAGAAAUGUGGGGUAGAUGAGAGUCCUCAUUGGGUAUCUAUGAAGAUUUUUCUGCCAUUGAAUGCUUGCCACUUCUUAUGAUUCUGACUCAGAUUUUGUUUUAUAUUCAACUGGGAAGUUUGUCUAAAAUUUUUGCUUAGGAAAAUCUACUCCUUUCUGAUAAUCCCAUGCUCAAAUUGCUGUUUUAUUUCCUGGAAGUGAAAUGGUAUGUCAAAUUUUUUUAAGUUUACCAAUUAGUGAGUGAUUGGAAAGCCAUUCUCCAGAAGUAUCUAGCUAAAUGAGUUAUAUUAAAAAUGAAUGUUACUUUUUGUUAAUUAAAUUAAUUUUUAAAAGAGAA